AUGGACUGCACAGCCCCGCCCCAUGGCGAAGGCAUGACUCUCACGCUCUGCGAAAACGAUCUCUACGCUGUUGGUCCCUCUGAAAUUGCCAUCAACACUGCCGUCAGUCAUCCCGAAGUGUUAUUCACUAUGAGAGUUGCCCGUUUACAUCCCGAGACGCGUGUGUGGACCAUAACUCCCUGCACGGGUGCUGUUCCGCCCGCACACCGCUAUCACACCGCUGUUUUCUUUGCCCAACAUCUUCUCGUCUGCGGCGGGGAGCCACUCACUCCACACGCACACACACAAUCAACCCUAAUGCCAUACUAUGAACUCGUACUGGAUACGUUAACGUGGAUGCGUGUAGAUACAUUCGGAGCUAUCCCACUGAACCGUUCUCAUCAUAGUUGUAGUGUUGUGGGUGAGAGUAUGAUUAUAUUUGGUGGUAAACCCAUCGUAUGUGAUGCUCGCAAUCAUAAUGAUGCUUUAACAAAUGAACGCAUGGAUGCGUGUGAUCGUGCCGGUUUCUAUGAUGUCUUUGUGCUCGAUAUUGUCUCACGUGUUUGGCGAGCCGUUCAGCCGUUUGGACCAUUACCGCAAUUGUGGGGUCACUCAUCUGUAGUCUACGGCGAUACGCAUUUGCUGGUCUUUGGAGGUCUUGACGUCUCUCAAAGGAAGACGGCAGCCAUCAGUAAAUAUAAAAGUCAACACCACCCGCAUGAUCCUCCUAUUGCGAAGGUCUCAGGUGCUCUUUAUGUAUUGGAUGUGCAUGAAAUGUCAUGGCGAGUUGUUUUACCAGAAACUGAAAAGGGGGAAGAAGAAAAGAAAGAAGAUUUAAUACCAUUAUGGAUGCAGCUUCCACGUGCUAUGCAUACGGCUCUUGUUGAUGGUGAUAAUAUGUUCGUUAUUGGUGGAUUUCGCGUUGACACACAUGGGAAAAUAGUUCUCUUAAAUGAUAUGUGGAUAUAUAACAUCCUUGAAGGGACAUGGAAUGAAAUGGAAUUCCAACUUCCCUUACCUCCAGCGUUAAGACGACCUUCGAGUAUGUACGAAUCCCAAAUACUAAUUUUACCAAAUAUGAAUUCCUUCUGGUAUCUUGAUGUACACAAACAAGCAAGAGAACAUGUAUGGCGUGAAAUCCCCACAACAUGCGUUACCAUUUCUGUACAACCAGCAACAGCAACCGCAACAGAGAUUGGUAGAGCUGAAGAGUAUAGUGAGAUACUUAACCCACGACACUCUAACAAUGGGUAUGAGAUUCCCACUUCUCGUGAAGAAUAUGAAGACUUAUCAUCACCCAAACCAUCAAGGGCUGUACAAUUUCUCCCUAUAAAAAAAUUAAACUUGAUAAUAGAUGAAAUUCAUAAACUUCAGGAAAUUGUAGUUUCACAAAAGAAUACAGAGACUACAGUUUCAAACGAAACAGAAAAGUCAAUGGUAACGACAACUCCAGCAGAAGCAGGAAAAGUAACAGAAGAAUUAGAAGUAGUAAAAUCAUCAUCAGAGCAGUUUUUGAAGGAUGAAGAAAAGAAAAGACUUCGAGAAAAGGCGAAACAAUUAAAAAAGCAAAAGGAACGUAUAGAUCGAUUAACUGAACGCCUCUCACAGUUAAUAGAACAUAAAAGAUUGAAUGAAAUCAAAGAAUCUACUGUUUCUACUGAUCUUAAACAUCAACAAAGUGAUGAAAAGACGUUUCAAGAAAUGAGGCCAUUUGAAGAGGUAAAGGAUCCUUUUGAGUAUGAAUUAAAAAAUAAUGGGCAACUAGAGAAAUCCUCAGAGCUCUUAUUACCCUUGAAUGAUAUGAUCUCAUCCGAACAACAAGAACAAGAACGAGAAGAAAACCAAAAAGAUCAGCAGAAAGAUGUUAAUAGAUCUUGUUCCAGUCAACCCGAAGACUCUGAUCGAUGGUCAAAACUUAUCGAAAUUAUGAAUCAAUCCCCAUCACGACCCUCUGAAAGAGCGUUUCGUGCAAGUGUUAUUAGUCUGUAG